CACACAGAGCCCAGGAGAGGACUGAUCACAUGACUAAAUCAGAGGGAACCCCAAUAUUACAGACCAGACAACAGAACCCAAGUAAAGAGGAGAGAGAGGUCACAUGAUGUCCAGAGAAGACUCAGCUUUCCGUUCAAUCUUCCAUUCUUCUCUCCUGUUUGUACCACCGAGCAAACUCCUCAUACAACAAUCAAUGACCCCGUAUUUAUGUUGUUGCUUUGGGAUAACAGUCAUCAAAAUCUACUGAUUAAGUCAAUGAAGGCCUCAAGGGAACAUUAAAGUACAACACAGGAGAAUGUGUAAAUGUGGCUCAGUAUAAAGCCAGGCUGAGUGUGAGCCAAGUGCAUGGAAUGAGAAUCACUGACUGAGUUCCCAAGCUUUAUGGUCUGUUGGAUGUGGGAAAGCCUUCUGUGACUGGUCAUCUUCUCACCCACCUCUGUACUUGUACUGGAAACAAUAGACGUUGCCUUCAAAGACAAGAUGGAAACACAGGAGAAACAUUUGGCCAGCAAUCCUCUUAGAACCAAUGAAUAUGGGAAAACAUGUGAGAGCAGCCUUCAAACCCUCUUUGGAAUAUACACAGGGGAGAAACCAUUCACUUGUACAGAAUGUGGCAAAGGCUUUACUCAGAAGCGUAACCUUGCAUCUCAUAUGACGAUACACACAGGGGAGAAACCAUUUUCUUGUACAGAAUGUGGGAAAGGCUUUACUCAGAAGAGUAAUCUUGUAUCUCAUAUGAAAAUACACACAGGGGAGAGACCAUUUUCUUGUACAGUAUGUGGGAAAGAAUUUGCACACAAACACAGACUUUUAGGUCACCUGAAAAUACACACAGGAGAGAAACCAUUUCCUUGUACAGAAUGUGGGAAGCACUUUGCACACAAGUAUCACCUUGUAUCUCAUAUGAAAAUACACACCAGAGAGAAAGCAUUCACUUGUACAGAAUGUGGGGAGCAUUUUGCAAACAAGGUUGACCUCUUAGGUCACCUGAAAAUGCACAAAGGGGAGAAACCAUUCACUUGUACAGAAUGUGGCAACAGCUUUACUCAAGUGAGUAGCCUUGUAUCUCACAUGAAAAUACACACAGGAGUGAGAGCUUUCACUUGUACAGAAUGUGACAAAUGCUUUACUCACAAGUAUCACCUUGUAUCUCAUAUGAAAAUACACACAGGGGAGAAACCGUUCACUUGUACAGAAUGUGGUAAAGACUUUACUCAAAAGAAUAAUCUGGUAACUCAUAUGAAAAUACACACAGGGGAGAAACCAUUCUCUUGUACAGAAUGUGGGAAUCACUUUGCACACAAGAUUAGCCUCGUUAAUCACCUCAAAUUACACACAGGGGAGAAACCAUUCAUUUGCACAGAAUGUGGCAAAAGCUUUUCGAGAAAGAGUAACCUUGAAUCUCAUUUGAAAAUACACACAGGAGAGAGGCCAUUCAUUUGUACAAAAUGUGGCAAAGGCUUUACUAAAACAAGUUGCCUUGUAUCUCAUAUGAUAAUACACACAGGAGAGAAACCAUUCAUCUGUACAGAAUGUGGAAGAGGCUUUUCUCAGAUGGGUAGCCUUGUAUCUCAUAUGAAAAUACACACUGGGGAGAAACCAUUUACUUGUACAGAAUGUGGAAGAAGCUUUUCUAGAAAGAGUCACCUUGAAUCUCAUAUGAAAACACACAAGUGGGUGAACCUUUAACUUCUACACAUGUGACAAAGACUUUAUUUAAAUGAUAAACCUCGUAUCUUAUAGGACAUAUACACAGGAGAGAAACCAUUCACUUGGAAAGAAUGUAGCAAAAGAUGUAUGUACUCGUAUCUUGUAUGAAAUACACUCAGGGAGAAACCUUUAAAAUAUCUACAUGAUGAUUAAACUUUUUGUUUGUA